AUGCGUCGUCCGCGGCGCGGCGCCGGCUUGUGGCGGUGGGCGAGAACCGCGCGCCCCGCGGCCGAAUGCUGCAAGAUCAAGGCGCUGCGCGCAAAGACCAACACGUACAUAAAGACGCCGGUGCGCGGCGAGGAGCCCGUGUUCGUGGUGACGGGGCGCAAGGAGGACGUGGCGCGCGCCAAGAGGGAGAUCCUCUCGGCCGCGGAGCACUUCUCGCAGAUCAGGGCGUCGCGCAAGUGCGGCGCGGCGCCGCCGCCGCCCGCGGGCGCGCCCGGCCACGUGACGGCGCAGGUGCGCGUGCCGUACCGCGUGGUGGGCCUCGUGGUGGGGCCCAAGGGCGCCACCAUCAAGCGCAUCCAGCACACCACGCACACGUACAUAGUGACGCCGUCGCGCGAGCGCGAGCCCGUGUUCGAGGUGACCGGGCUGCCGGAGAGCGUGGAGGCGGCGCGCAAAGAGAUCGAGGCGCACAUCGCGCUGCGCACGGGCGCCGCGGCGCAGGGCGGGGCGGGCGCGGCGGGCGCCACGGGCGGCGAGGGCGAGCCGCUGGCGCAGCUGUACCGCGCCGCCGGGCUGGCGUCGCUGCUGCGGCCCGAGCCCGAGGCGGCCUUCUCGUCGGCCGGCUCGUGCUCGUCGGGCGGCUCGUCGGGCCGGCUCGGCGACCUGCUCGGCAUCUGGUCGUCGACGGAGCGCGACGAGGGGCUCGGCGAGUCGCCGUCGUUCGAGUCGCCGGGCGCGGGCGGCGUGUGGGCGUGGGGCCCGCCGCGGCCCUCGCCGGCCGCGUCGCCGGCGCGCGCCUGCGCCGUGUGCACGGAGCGCGGCGUGGCGGCGGCGCUGGUGCCGUGCGGCCACAACCUCUUCUGCCUCGAGUGCGCGCAGCGGCUGGCCUCGGCGGCGGCGCCGUGCCCCGCCUGCGCCGCGCCCGCCCACCAGGCCAUCCGCAUCCUCUCG